CACACACACACACCACGCCUCACCUCUCCAGAAAAGGAGACAUAGAAGAAGAAAGAGAAAAAAGAAGAAGAAAAAUGGCAUCUUCUACCUCAUCCUCCGCCCUUCUCCUCCUUCCUGGCCUCGCUUCUGUUUCUCCCUCGAAGGCGCGAGUUUUCUUCGCUUCCCCCAUCAGCCCCUCCUCCCCACUCUCGACCUCCACCUGCAUCAACGCCUCCUCUCCACGGCGGUCCUUGCCCCCUGCUCCUCGCGCCGCCGCCGGCGGCGGUGACAAGGACAACCGCGUGCAGGAGCUGAGGGUGCCUGAUUCUUGGCUCACGCCUGCAGGAGCAGCGCAGGAAUCUGAAUGGCUGAGGGGAACACUUCACAAGUGGCUGGACGACGAGUACUGCCCGGAGCCAGCAAACGUGGACAUCAGCAACACCGCCGCAAGGUCGUACCAAGAGUCCCUGACGGCGAAGCAAUCUGACGUGGGAGAGAUCCUGAUGAAGAUGGUCGGGGAUCUGCAGGAGCUGUCGUACCAAGAGAGCUUCCACGGGGCCUUCUCCGCUGCCAACGCCGCGGUGCGCUUGAUAACGCAGAGGAUGGAGUCGUCAGCCGGUGACUGAUCGUUGACGGACACAGCUGGCCGAUCAGGCAAUGGCUGGCUCAGGUCUGGCUGCCCCGAGCAUCCUCAUGUUUAGCGUUUCGGGGUGAUGCGGCAUGUUUGUCCACGGGAAGGCAAUCUGAAUCUGCUUUGUUUCACGGGGAAAAUGAUGUAAUUCUGAUGCAGAUUAGCUUGUGAAUUACCUGGUGUUGGCAUUGGCAAGUGGUCUAUCCAAUUUGAAUCCAAAUGA